CUGCAAAUCUCAGCAGCAGCAGAAGAAGAAGAAAAACACCACCAGCAGCAGACAGCAGGAAGAGAUGGCUAACAAUAACUUCUGUGUGGGGAAUUUGGCGUUUCUGCUUGUAUCCGUGCUGAUUUCAGCAUGUGUCCCGGCUCAUGCGUCUUCUGAACGGACGAAAACGGUGGAAUUCAACGUUAAACCGGGAGGAGUGGUGCACAGCUUCACUGAGGGGAUUGAGGACCAUGAAUGUACGUUCACUUACGCGUCACAGGGAGGAACCAACGAGCAAUGGCUGAUGAGCGUCGGGAUAAGCGAGGACGACAGACUGUUCUCCUGCUCCGUGUGGAGGCCUCAGGGGAAGUCCUACCUGUUCUUCACUCAGUUCAAAGCCGAGCUGACGGGAACCAAGAUCGAAUACGCCAACGCAUACUCGCAGACGGCAGCAGCGGGCCACAGCGACGUGCCUUUGAAACCGGAGGAAUUUACCGUAGGAGAAUCAACAGUGACCCACAACGACGGCAAGUUCAGCGCUCAGCUCUCCAAACUGACCGCCAUCGGACGGACGCGGCACGACGAGCUGUAAGCGGUCCGACUCGACCAAUCGGAGCGCCUCGAUGAGCCUUCGAGCUCAGGAGUUGGAUGAAGGAGCGUUAAAGUAGGAGGACGCCGACGCCGCCGCCUGCGUGUCGGUUCAUUAAUUACCUGCUGUUUUCUUAUUGUAACCGGACUGAAGAAUAAAAAAAACAAGGCUUCCAGA